AGUUAUUUCUUUCUAACAGUACCUCUUUAUACUGAAGCGCAAUGAUUCAAACGAUACCACCAAUUCAACGGUAUUAUGGAUAGGUUGCAUCCAAGAAACACAAGGCAAGAUUCAUACUCCAAGGAAAAUACCUAAUUUACCUAUGCUACAGUUUAGCAUGGUUGCAAAAUACGGUUGGAACCAAGUGCUUUGGGUUAUGCAAGUUACUUACAUGUACGUUGUGAUUCUUUGGAUGGAAACUGUUUCCACAGUGCCGCUUGCUUUUGAAUUCAACUAAAUAAGGAUCCCUUGAUGUACCUAUCAACUUUCAAUUCAAGCCCCAUUGCAGGCAAAAGAUGGAGACUCUCUGUAAAGACUGGAACUGCAAAAUCUCUUUCUCAAUUUAAAUGACAAGUAUGGAGAAUUUCGACAGCUUUCUACCUGCGAUCUGGCUCGUUUUUGGCGGGUCUUUUUUGUACCACUAUAAUGCUCCUAAGAAUACGCCGGAUCGCCGAGAAAAGGUAUUGCUUCAUUUACUAUCUUCUUAUCUGCACCAUGAAUUGACAAACUCUUCUAUGGGACAGCAGUACGAUACACCGACACACAAUCAUUUAUGUAAUAUUCUCGAAUUGUUAUCACUAUGGUCUGAAGAUUUAAACUGCAUCUACAAAAUAAGAGAAGGUCAGGGGAAUGAUUUACAAGUUAGACGAUUGGCGCAGCGGCUCUUGAAACGGGUUGAAACUUUUAAAAACGUCACAGUAAUCCCCAAUGGUCUAGUCUCAGCUCUGCACACAGGGCCUAGCCAUCCUGAAAAUGUCUGUCUUGGCGUUUUGAACAAACAGGGGGGUCGAAUCAACUGGACUCAAGUAAAUCCAGGCAGUACUUACCAUCAACACUGUAGUUAUGAAGCAGGUGAAAAGUGCAAUUCCUAUUUGGAAAUUACAGAAAUUGAUCCUGCCAAUAUAACUGAAGAUUGGUUGUACUUGCUUGUAGGUUUGAAAGCUGUUCGUGAGAAAUCUUAUUAUUACAAGGAAGUAUCCUUGUAUGAAUGUUUACUGUCUCAUCUUAAUGGUAAAACCACUUUUCAGUCAUCACAGCCUGAUGAAGGAUUUGUCUGGCUUUCUAACGAAUCGCCUGUUCACACCUGGCAAGUGAUCGACAAGUCAUUUCGCUGUAUGUUACGGAACCUCUUAGGUGACUCAGCAUUUCAGGUGGUCUAUGGUCAGUUAAUUACAAAUUUCAAAUUAUUUUUAAUGGAAAAAACGUUGACUGCUUAUGAUAGUCGGUGUAGUAAGCAACCAGAACAAUGCCAGUUUCUUCUCCAAGAAAUGUGCCGUGACUUAGCCCAACAGGCGUUCGAUCACGGAAAUGAGGAACAGAAAGCACAUUCCUUUCAGCUCAUAAAAAAGGUGAAAGCAGCCAUCAAAAAUCGUUGCAGCUUACAGGAUCAGACUAAUCACCACCAAUCUCUAAUCAGCAUACCUCAUGUAUUAUCACUCCGUUUUCCUCCGCCCAACUUGAUCGAUCACAGUCCCUCUGCUAGUGAUGUUGCACGGCCUAAUUUGCAAGUUUAUCCAAUCUAUGUAAAACCAAGCGUCGACGAUGAUGUUUUCGAUUACCUUAAAAAAUUCUACCACAACUUCAUUCUUAAAUUAAGAUAUACCACUGACCUCAACGGAAUAUCAUUACUCAGCUACGGUAUUGAGAAUUACUUCAUCGAGUCUCUGGCACAAACGGAUAUUCUAGACCGAUCAGCUGAUUUACCACUUUCAAAGAAUGAUACGGAACUGGCAGAAACGCUUAAAAAUAUGGCGGAAAUUUACUAUGGUUGUCAAAGUAGGCUGGUAAAUCAUUUUUUAUCUGACACAACCUAUCAGCCCCAGUUUUAUGCAAAAAACGUGACUAUUCAGUUUUUUAUUUACGCUGCUAUCGCUGCCUUAAACUUGCGUGAUUCAAUUAUUGGACCAUUGCUGAAAAAUUAUACUCUCAGUAUCAAUACACUAGAUAAGAUUAUCCCUCACCUUGUGAUGGAUGAUUCUCGUUGGAUGGAUCUCCUAUCAAGCGUCAAAUCUUUUUUCAAGCCAACUAAGGCGAGACAAACACUCUUUACUUCCACUCAAUUUUCGUUUCAGGUUAGUCCUGACGGUCACAAAACUAGUACUGACAUUGGGUUUGCUCGUCUUUUGGUACAAAAUUACCCCAGUAAAAACGAACAAUUCACGGAUGAGGUUCAUCAUUGUGAAACUGAAUUACUCAAUCAAAAGUGGUCAACUCUCACUUACACUAGCGCAUACCUACCAUCACUAUACUGUACAUUAUCUAAGAUGGCAUAUUUGGCCAAAGUGUCCCUCAAUGGUUUUCCAUUCUGCCAGCUCUCAUAUAUCCUUAGAGCUGAUUGGUCAGUUUCUCAUAAAAAGAACGUCACAGAAGUACAUUUUCAAAUUAACAAGAGUACUGCUGACAGUAAGCCCUCUCAAAAUGUAUUAACUAGCUUUUUGUUAAAGUCUGACCCUCUCUAUCAAAGAUUUAUUGCCCGCACAGAAAGAGAGACCGCUGACAUUCACUUCCUCGAAAACGAAAUCAUCGCGAGCCAAGAUCAAAAACCAGAAACUAUGGGUAGCAACCGUUACAUGGAGCUGGGAUUUUUGCAAAGUGAACCUUGGCUAAAACUUGAACGUUUGUAUAUUGCACUGAAAGAAAAACAGCUUGACUGUAGUCAGGAGAAAGAAAGUGUUUUAAUUAUGCAAACACUUUUUGAAGUCAGCCUAGUCAUGGAAAAUGAGGACAAAAUUUGCAGUAUAUUGGGCUGGACUGCCCAUCAUAACGCGGAAUUAAUUCAUGCAUUUGGUUUAUUGUGCAUUGAGAAAGUUUGUGCAAUGCAACAUUGCUUGACCCAACAUAGUGCUAUUGGUGACUUACUACUAGUAACUCUUGGGCUGUCAACCUUUUACCCAGCAGUUUAUAAAGAUUCCUUCAUUGAGGGCAUGAUGAGUAUCUACCACAUGCUGAAAGAGAUUUUAGCCAAGCCUCCAGACUAUGUUAGUAAUGAUAUAUUGCUCCACCUGAAUGCAUAUUUGCUCAUCGCAGCUCAAGUGUUAGGGCAGCAAUUGCUAGAAACUGACUUGCUAACAAUAUUAAAAGCCCUUGUGGCUAUCGAGAAUUUUAAAGUAAAGGAGGCAAAAUUAAAUAAUUGUUGGUUAUUGAGAGUACGUGUUGCUAGUUAUAACUGGUGUACCACAGUUGAAUGUCAAUUGCAGAAGAACCCAGCCAUACUCAACGGUCUAAUGUUGAGCGUUGUUCCAGAGUGGGAUCAAACACGUACCUGGGUGAGAAACCCGUCUGGUUUACUAUUUACUUGCAACAAUUACACUGUGAAACCCAUGUUGGGAUGCAUUUACUUUGAAAACCAGCCAAUAGUGGGAUUGCCGAAAACAAUCACCGGACAUGAAAUCUUUACAGACUGUUUAGGUGACGUUAAUUUCCCUGUAAUACCCUCAUCUAGAGACAUAAAUACUCAGCAAGUUCCAUGUUUCAUAUCAAUCGACCGGGAACUUCAAUUGAGAUUUACUUUGAUUGGCAGUGCUUUGUUAAUGGAGGAACGAGUUGGCUCUGACUUUGAGCUUUACCUUCCUAUACAAGAACUCUUAGGUCAGUGUAGUGAUUAUCCCCAUUUUAUAAAGUUCCACAACCAAGAAAAAUUGCAGCACUGGCUGUUACAUAAUAAAGAGAGAGUUCUCAUUAAGGAUGCACAGAGACAGAUUGUGUUCGAGUGGGAUUUGAAUAAAGAUUGCUUGUGGUCCUCACAACACAAAGGCUUUGUUGCACCCUGGAAAGAGAUUGAAGAUUCAUCUUUCAAGACAUGGCUGGAAAAAAUAGAGUUACCUACCUGGAUAGAGCUUAUUGGUGCACCAAAAUCUAAUAACUCUGGAAUUCUUAUAAAAUCCUUGAAUUUUCCUCGUCUAGGUUUAAAUUUUGUUCUCAAGAAAGGCCAAUUUUUCUCCCAGCAAGUGCAUGGCUAUGUUCUCUCUGAACAUCAGCACAUUCAUACCCUAGACGGUUUUUCAAGUUACAUAGUCUUAGAAAAGAAAGAUACGGUGGAAAAGCGAGUGAAAGUUGUAAUUCCCAAUCGAAAAGUAGCAUCAGUUGGAGCCUUUUAUCUAAAAACAAUGAGUGUCAAUUGCCAAGAAAUUCAAUCUCCUACUUACUACGUUUACGAUUAUGAUCUGAAGAUUGGGUUAUUGAGAGGCCAUAAUAUCCAGGAUUACUUUUACUUAGCUUUGCUCUAUUUUCGUUCAGCAUCAUUUGAUGAAGAUAUGUUUUCCCACUGUAAUGCAUACCAUUUAGCCCGAGAAAACUUGGAACUGUGCUGGAAGGAUGAACCUUAUAAUGAGAUAGAGUUAAAUGUCAUUGAGGAACUGCUCAAAGUCUCAGGAAUGCGAUGUCAUCACAGCCACUUAGCAGCAAUCUACUUAAAAGUUGUAUCAUUAUUGAGUGAAAGCCUACAACGUGCGUUCCUAUUCAUGGAUGAGAUUACUCAGCAAAAUAAGAUAAGGAGUGAAGCACUCCUGAAAUACUGUGCAGGUCAAGCCCCACACAUUCUUCAGAGUUAUUUAAAGAAUGAAUCAAACAUUUUUACACGCAUAAAACUUACGCACGAAGAAAAGGAAGCUGCUAUGAAGCAUUGUUCCGCAUCAGAGUCCUCCAAGGCCUGUAAAUUUUCGUACAAUAAUCACUACAAGAAAUUCUUCGCAAAAGAAGAGUUACUUAAUACUGCUUUCAUGCGUAUUUUUGAACAGUACCGUUCAUCUCAUUUUGAGAAAUACGGAUAUAAUAUGAAUCAAAUAAAUUUUACUGCUGGUUUCAAUUUGAUCCUAACUGAACGAUUUAGAUUUGUACAGUUCAUUGUUUUGUAUAAAAUUGCCAGAUCAUCAUAUUCUGUUACCCCAUCAAAGUUUCAAUAUCUCCUGCAUCAUCUGAUGAUCAGGGCUGAAAUCAAGUCGCAAUAUUUUCCUGCACAGUUGGCAAACAUGUUAGCCCGCGCACUUCUUCUGGUGGCUGAACAUCGAGCGUCUUUUCCCGAAGCCCCAAGUUGGUUUAAAGACGGGGUACCUCUUGACUUAACCAAUAGAACAUUAGAUAGACGGUCAUUUGAUCGGGCUUUUCCCACAUACUCCUGGCAAAGCGAUGCAGAGGUAAAAGAAACUCAAAAAAUUUGGGCUCUCUUAAGUGUGCAUCAUCUGGACGAGACUGGAGUGCCUAAUUCUCUACCAGACAACCCAGAGAAUUGCACUCUUAAAUAUGAAAAUUACAUGUCUUUUAUUAACUCUGGAAAGCGAGACUUCAUCAGAAGGGAAUAUUUAAAAGCUGCAUAUAAUGACGCAUCAUUUCAAUUUUUUGUUUCUGUUUUUCAACAAUGCGAUAGACUCAAAUAUCGAUCUUCAAUGGGUAAGACGGUUGCCCCUUUUAUAUACAACACAAUUGAGGUAGCUUCACCAUGGGUGAAAGUACGUACACCCUUUCCAGAAUCAGUAGUGAGCUCGAUACAAGUGGUAACUCCUGAAGAAUUUUCCAUUAACUGGAUGACUUUUUUCAGGAAGAGUUCACAACCAGCGGGAAACAAUACCUUUCCACUUGAGUCACAAUUGGGAGAUUCAGAAAAAGGAUACGAGGAGCAGUUUUUCAAGGAGCUGAAGAACAGUUGGUCUGCCUACUUGAAUGAAAAGACGUUUACCUAUUCUUGGCAAAAUUCUCAGUCAGCAAUAAAAUUGGAAACCUUGCUAAGAAAAAAUUUUGAUGAUAUUCGCAAUCGAGCUGAGCAGGUUUGGAAUAAAAUUGAAGGUCAGUUAACUCACCUAUCAAGUAAUGAACAGAAUAACUAUUUCGCUCUGCGUUGGUACAGUGGUCAAUUGCGCCAUUUUAACAAGUGCGAUGUUUUAAGAUUAUUAAUUGAGCCACAUAAGUUACCAAGCUUUAACCCGGACUGCUGCAUCUCUGAUAUCACCCAAGAAAUAGUGCUGUACACAUAUCUUGAAAUUAAUUCAUCCAAGAUAGUUAGAGUGCUUGCUUUAAUUGAAGAAUACAAACAAAUUACAGAGAAAUCUGAAAAGUUUUCCAUAUUACAGAGUUUGGUGAGUUUUUUGCAAGAAAACAUAGAUCCAGAAUCAUACAGUCAUCCUAAUUGGCUGUUAUUCCAGUUUGAAAAUGAGAUCAUUGUAAGAGAUAAACAGCGCGAGCUUAUCAUCGCUAUGUUAAAUCAAUCUGAAAAAGCAAUGUAUCAACUCAAUAUGGGAGAAGGAAAGUCCUCAGUUAUAGUACCACUUUUGAGUUACAGUCUUGCUGAUGGUAAACAACUAUUGCGUAUAAAUGUUCUGUCUGCACUAUCGACAACUAUGAAAGAGUUUUUGCGCCGAAGUUUCUCAGGAUUAAUUCACAAACAUGUUUCUACACUACCUUUCACACGUGAUACGGAUAUUUCAAUCAAGCAUCUUGAAGCCAUACUAACAUCUCUCGAAACGUGUAGAAAUUUCAGACACAUUCUCCUCGUCACCCCCGAACAUCGUUUGAGUAUGCAAUUGAAAAUUAGAGAGUUGGUGCUUGAAAAUCAGCAGCAAAUACAUGCAACAAAUAUUUUCAACUGGAAAACCUAUCGACAAAGAGUGCAUGGCAAGAUGGAAGUAUAUAAUGGAUUAUCUGAUUCCGAAACGGAAGAGCUUCUAAGAGCGCAAGAUCAGCGGCUGAGAUCAUGUCUACAAAAUGCAGGGUACAUCAAUGCAAAUGAUAGCAUUCUUAAAGUACCUCCUCGUGGACAAGGGCGUAAACAUUUCGCUCAAUUCAAAGACAUAAUCAAUGAUUCUAAAUUCAGAGAGUGGAGCUGUUUGAAAGCGGCACAUCGUGAACUGUUAUACAAUUCUACCAUUGCGUUUGAAGACUGCCGUGAAAAGCUCUCAUUGCUCUAUAAGAUUAAUGAAUUAGCAGUCAUCGAUUUACUAGAUGAAUCAGAUGAAAUUUUAAAGCACGGCACCGAAUUAAAUUACACCAUGGGUGACAAGCACAUGUUUGCAGGUGGCGAAUUCCGUUGGAAAAUACCACAAUUUUUUAUCAAAAGUAUUUUCUGUGAUUCAGACAUAAGAGAUGUAAUUGAUGCUGGAAAAGCAGAUGGUUUCACAGAAAUAAAUUUGCAAUUCAGUUUGCGCGGCGGCGUUCCCUUCAUACAACUCCUUGAUAAAACUUACUACAAUGAUCAAAUUAAACCAUUGCUCAUUGAUAAAUUCUUGCAAGAAAACCUAUCAACCUUCAGAAAAUAUUAUUGCUGCCCUGAUAAGCCUUUAGUCGAAGGCGAAAAUAGCUCAUUAAAAGAGUAUAUCAAUGGCCAGCUCCAGAUGAACAUAGAGAAAAAGGUGAUUGAUUUCUUAGCGGACAAACACUCAUUGAAAGAAAAGCUGUUAAUUGCCAAAGGGUGGCUUUCUCACGGCAUUCUAUUCCAUGUUUUCAAUGCUAAAUACCGAGUCCGAUAUGGACUAAAUCUACCCAAGAUAAUUGCAAUCCCUUUCCUCGGUAAAGAUACUCCAUCACUGCGAUCGGAAUUCAGUCAUCCAGAUGUAAUGCUUGGGUUCACUAUUAUUAGCUAUUUAUAUGAAGGUCUCAAUCCAGCCCAGAUGCAGGAAACACUGAACAAAUUACGCAGUAAAUUCAGCCUCCCGGUGGCAGAUGCACAUCUUCAGUCUUGGUCAGACGCUGGUCGCGCUUGGAUUGAAACCCAAACAGAUGAGUUUCCACCCUUGUUACUCACUUCACUUCAGUAUGUUUAUCUGGAAAAUAAACAGUGCCUGGAGCAAGUUCAUAAAUUUUUAUCAGGAAAUUCUAUGGCAAUAUUUUUCUAUCUUGAUGAAUUUGUUUUCCUUGAAGAAGCUAUGCAAUACCUCAAAAAAAUCAGCGCAAAUGCCCAUUCAUUGGUAGGAUACAAUGCAGCACUGGGUUUUUCAGGAACAGAUGAUCGGAAAAUAACCAUGCCUUUUGAAAUAAAAUCUUUGUGCUCAAGUACCCAGAAAGGCACUAAUGGCAAAUUAUUGUCUGUUCUUACACAAGAACGGAACAAAAAUUAUCACUCAAUAGAGGCAAAAGACACUGAAAAUUUAUUAGGACAGCUAUGCGAGUAUGCAUCCAACCACCAACAAUGUCAUGCGUUGAUCGACUCUGGAGCGCUAGUUACCGGAUUAAGUAAUUACAAUGUUGCUAAGUUCUUACUAAAAAACUUACCAUCCCAUUUGCAAGGAAUCCUAUACUUUAGUGAUAAAAGCAAUAGAUUAACCGUCUUGCAGAGGGAUGAGAAGACAGUUGCCUUCCAGGAUUGUUACCUUGAUAAGAAACAUUUAUUUGCUUAUCUGGACGAUAUCCAUACCCGUGGGACCGAUAUUAAGCUUCCUCUGAACUCUCAUGCCAUUUUAACAAUUGGCAUAGGAAUGUCGAAAGAUAGUUUAAUGCAGGCAGCUAUGCGGUUAAGACAGUUAGCACAGAAGCAAUCCGUAUCGCUUUGGGGCACGCUCGCUGUAACGAUUGCCAUUACUCGAGAUAAUAAUUUAUCCAGUGCAGACGAAAUCGAUAGUCUUGAGGUUAUAAAGUGGGUAACUCAAAACACUCUUGAUCACAUACACUCAGAUUUGUUCUCUGUAGCAGUCAGAAAAAUUAAUUUUCAAUUUCUAAAAAAUGCGGAGAAUUGGUGGAAAGUUUUGUCCCAACACGUGGAUUCCUUGAAACAACAUUUUCAGGAGAUAGAACUGUUUGAGCUUGAAGAUUUUUACGGAUUAUCUUCACAGUAUGAAGAUUUGAAUGAGCGGCUGAGCAAAGUUGUUAGUGCCCGUUUAAAGACAUUUUGGAAAGAUUUUGAAAGGAUACAAUGGCCAGCAGAAAGUAUAUCUUAUGAGAAAUUUUUGGAACACAAAGAUAAUUUCGAAUGUCUUCUGAAUAAUGUAAUGAAAGAGCUACAGCCUUACCUUCGGUCAGGCUAUGUACAUCAUUCACUUGAUACCAAUGAUGAGAAUGAAAUAGAAGCUGAAGAAGAAAUUAUUCAAGAACAAGAAGUCGUAAUUAAAAUAGGAAAGCAAAAAGUACGUUCUGAGAUCCCGUGGGAUGCUCGGUUAAUUUUACAAGAUGAUUUCAUAACAAUUGCGGAACAAAAAGACAUAAUCAUGCCCCUUCAAGAGAUUACAGAUUUCAUUGAGGUGCCUGAGCUUCUGGAGAACAUCACUUGGCAUGAGAAUAUUUUCAUGACAACAAAUUAUAUUUUAAGUGUUGAAUGCUCACAGAAUCAAGCUCUGGACAAUUACUUGCGUUUAGUUGACGUCAUACUAAUUCAUAAUUUCAAUGGUAAAAGCAUUGUUGUUUUACUAUCUGGUCGAGAAGCCUCACGGAUUAAAUCAAGCUGUUAUAAUGAGCUUGAUCAUAAUCUUUUGAUACAUAUAAAAGAUAUAAAUGGCCCUACACAGUUACCGCUGGGUAAAUCUGCGUCUAAAGAAGUGUGUAAAUUAUUGACAGUCGUUAAAUUAUUUUCAGGUGAAUGUCAGUACAUUUCAACAAAAGAAGUACACCGCAUAGCAAAGCGCCUCGGGCGCAUUUAUCCAUUGUAUUUUACUUGCUCAUAUAUUUCCGAGGACUGCUCUGAAAAACUGUUUGGAAUCUUAGUUGAGGAAAGUUAUUUAGACUAUUCUGGUGUUAUGACUAAAAAAUUGUUGGACAUAUUAUGUCAAGCUAACCUAGAUAAAUUUUUAUCGCAAAAAUGCCAAUCAUUGCUCUUAACCAAGUGGGAUAAAUUGUGUCGAAUUUUUUCAAACCUUAUCAUAUCCCCCAGAAAAUCCCUAAAGGAAAGUCAUAAGAUUUUGAAACAGUGGAUUGAAACACGAGGUAGACUAAAAGAGUACUCGGGCUCAGCGCUGGAAUCAGUCCUCAAUCCGGAAUAUGAACCGAAGCGUUCUCAGUUAAGUUAGCCUGUUGGAGUUCGUGAAAUCUCAAGUUGGGUCGAGCUAUUGACACAAACUGGAACUUGGAUUCAAAACGAGAAUCAGCUCAAAGCAACGCCUAGGGCUCAAUACAAUAGUUCAACAGGUUUUCAACCCUAUAAUCUUCCCUGUUUUCGAUUCACUGAUACAAUAUACACAGAAUAUACAUUGUACAUCGCAAAAGAUUUGAUGCCUGCAUUUCCAUACCAUGGCAUAACAGAUCCGUACCCGACCAAAAAUUAAAUUCUGCUAUUAUUUGUUGACCUUUCACUCAUGGACCUAUGAGCAAAAAUUUUCUUGAGUAAAUCAUGAUCAGAGACAAAAGUUUUGUCUCUUUAGUGAUCUUAUCUUAAUUUUUCUGACAAUUUUUCUUACUUUUGCCUUCAAAUUUUUAUCUCUUUUUAAGUAUUUUAUAUUUGAAUCAAGUAUUGUGCUAGUUAAGUCUUUUAUAUUUUAAUCAAGCAUUGUGUUAGUUCUAAGUCAAUGUCUGUUUCAUCAGACGAUAAUUUGUAAAGUUUUGAAUUUGACUUUUUCUAUGUGGUGUUUUUGUAUUUAAAAUAUUAGCUUCACAUAACUUAACUGCUGCUAAUACGUCGUGCUCUUCCAAUUGAAUCAACCCUUGUGGAAAUUAAAUCAACCUAACACCUGGGCUCAAUAGAAUUGAGGCUUGCAACCUGUUGAUUAGUUCAUUGAUCUAAUAAGAACAAAGAACAUUAUAGAAUGAUUGAAAAGGACAAUACCAGUGUACAUAACAAAACAGACACGUAAAGCAUCAAAAAUCAAAUAUAAUUAUCCGUCUACCUUUCACUCAUGAACCUUUGAAUACCUAUCUCCCUUGAGCAAAUGAUACUCAAUUACAAUUUUCUCAAAAUAUGUCCAUAAAAUCCUGAUUUUUUUAAAUACAAUUCUCUUACCUUUGCCUUUAACUUUUCCUUCUUUUCUUUCUUUUUUUAACAUUUUUAUCUCUUUUUAAGUCAUAUAUAUUUUUUUAAGUACCCAGUAUCAGUUAAUGUCUUGUUUCAUCAGACAAAAAUUUGUAAAGUUUUGAAGUUGACUUUUUUUAUGUGGUGUUAUUGUUACUUAAAAUAUUAGCUGCUGUCAAAUGAUUUCAACUACAACUAGUAUACUGUGCUCUUUAAGUUGAGUCAACUCUUAAAACCAGGCACCUUGUGGAAUAAGAGUAUAACAUUUAUUGUAAUUCUUUGAAAUUCCAGUUGAGAUUUCAUUCUCCUUCUCCACACCUAUCGUAAGACCAUUCACGUUUCUCUGAUUUUCCCUUGAGGAAAAUUCGUUAAAUAUUCCGGCAUAUUUUUAACCAUGUUUAGUCUGAAAAAAAAAAAAAUCUCUGAAAUUUGAAAUCACAUUUACGAGUGAUGUCAAUUUUUUUUGCUUUGGACUCUGACUAUUCAUGCUUUGCACAGCAAUUGGGACAACCCAUAAAUGAAUCAGUGAGAACGAAAACACACCAACUCGAUAACUCAAAAAUACUCAAUUUCCAUUAAAGACAGUUAAUGUACAUAAAGGUCAUUGAAGUUAGCGUGUCCGUUCCAACUUGGACCUUUAAAGCGGCCAUAACUACUUGUCUUUUGGCAGCAAAAAUCUUUUUCUGAAAGUAACUUCUUCACCUUCUGUGCAGUUUUGUGUGUGUCAUAAUUAUUUUCAUUUUUCUGAGUUGGUGUGUUUUCGUUCUCACAGAUUCAAAUAACUCCAAGAGUAGAAAUGAUACUUGAGAAAGCAUCUUUUAAUUUUUAAUUUUUAAUUUCCUAAGAAGUCCUAUGCAAUUUUCAUUGGUUUAGGAAGGGCUCCUUAAAAUCAAAAUCAGAGAAUGUAAGUUAAGUGAUUGGUGCAUUAUAAUGUGUCGCUCUGUGUCAUCAUAUAUUUUGUUUUGACUUUUAAUCAUCUUUAUUUUUUUAUGAAUUGUUCUCAUUAAUGUUAUAGGAUGUUUUUCCUCCCUAUCUUUUUGACUCAUUAUUCGUUUUUUAUGUUCGUUCGUUUGUUUUUCUAAAAAACCAUUCAUUUAUUUUCAUAGUUCUCGAUCUUUUAUAUCAAAUUUGUUAUCAUCACAUCAUAAGAAGAAUGGUCAGUUGCAUUUUCCCCCCAAGUUACUCUUUAAGUAUUUUAAUUUUAUUCCAUGGUAAAAUAUAAGUAAAAAGUCAAGUAAUUGGCUAAUAUAUAUUGGUAAUAUAUUUAAUUUAAGAGAGGAAAUCAAAUAAAUAUGUAUCUAGAUUGAAGUCUCAGGAAAGUAAUCUCACCACCAGCUAAGAGCUAGGUAUUUUAAGUACUGCAACUUUAGUUUUUUUUCUCUUUUUAUUCUCUCUUUUUUCCCCCUCUCAAUUAUGAGUAAUUAAGUCACCUUAAAAUUUUAUCAAUGGCAUUUCAUUUUUUUCUAUUUUGCGCAACCCACUUUGAUUUUUCAAAUUUUGUUUUUUCGUGGAAAGUACUGCUUCUCUGAAAAAUGAAAAAACAUAACUACUUUCGUUUCUCAGGGGUUGAGUCAGUAUAUUAACUAGUGCUCUAAUAAAUUGUUUGUUUUAAAAUUACCGUACAGUUGAAAAAAAUCCACCUUCCAUUAUUAAUUUGAUCUAUACAGCAAGUACUAGUUAGCAAAUUCACUUUUGAGGAGUGUUGGAGUUACACCUGUGUAUCAUCUCAAGUCAAAAGAAAUGUAAAAAUAGCUUUGGUUGUAAAAUGUUACAUUUCUUUCAAAUUUUUCACAUGCAAGAAGUCUUUAAAUUUUUUGACUUUCUCCUUUUGAUAUAUAAUUGAUCACAAUUUUUUUUUUUACCUAAUUUUGAAAGUGCGUUCGAUUUUUUUUUUUUUUUUCUUUUCAAUGGAAACCAACAACAUAAACUCAUCAAAAUGUUUUCCUUAACUCCUGAGUUGCAUGUUAGUGCCUCAGAUAGCCUUAAUUCAUCGCUCCUCUGGUGUAAGAACGUAUCUCUACUUUCACAUGAGCCCCAGAAUACACAUUGAGUUUUACGGAGAACAGGGUACACAUGGGAAAUAAGGUAUGCCCUUACGGCAGAGGAGCGACGAAUUGUGAUCAGUUGUAUACUGAUCUAUUGUGCUAUUGUUGUAUGUUCUUACUUUCUAUGAGAAUUUUUGUAAUUUUCUAUUCUGAGCGCCUUGAUUACAAUAAACUUUUCCUUUAUUUCUAA